AGAUUAGGUCAUGUGACAGUCCGGUAGCCGGAAGUGAGCAGGUGUGGAAGGCGCAGGGUUUCGACAAAAACAAGCGGCGACAGUCCCACCGCAGGGUCUAUGGCAGAGGCGGUGAGGCCCCCGCGCCGGGCGAAGGCCAAGGCCAGCCGGACUAAAACCAAGGAAAAGAAGAAAUAUGAAACCCUUCAGAGGGAAGAGCCUGCUGAAGUGUCCCUUCCAAAAACCUCCAGAGAGCUGGAAGUCCCUACUCCAGCUUGUGAGUUCAAAGAAGACCAUCUGAAGGUGUUAACCGAGUCCCAGCUCCAAAAUGAUGCCAGUGGACAAAACGAGAGUGAAAUGUUUGAAGUACCACUCACCUCCUUAACUAUAAGCAAUGAAGAGUCUCUGACCUGUAACACGGAGACUCUAAAGGAGGGGGAGGUGACCAGGGCCUGUGUUGGGGAUGAUGCAGUCAGGCCGAAGGGCGACCCUGGCGACAGUGUUGGAACCAAAGUAGAAAUCCCUGAGAACUUUACAGAAAUAGAGGAAGAUAAAUUGGUACAAAGUGGACCUUUGGAAAGCACACUGCAACCUGAUGUUUCUUAUAUUCAGCAGGAAAUGGAAAAUUUACAGGUCAGAGAAACUCAGAACAGGAAAGAAGGCAAAGAGGUGCUGAGUCUUUCUUCAGAGGUGCUGCAGAAUGUUGGCUUGCAGAGUUCUUGUGAAGCCAAAGACGUUUUUCAGCCACCUAGAGUGAAAAAACUGUAUCCCCAUUUGCCAGCUGAAAUUGCUGGGGAUGUACCAGCUUUGGUGGCAGUGAAAUCCUUGCUUUGUAAUGAGCGACUUUACCCAGAGCUUCCAUCUCAACCAGAAGUGGUACCGUUUACUAAAGAGCAGCUAAAAAUCUUUGAGCCUGGUUCAUGGCUGGAAAAUGUUGAGUCCUAUUUGGAAGAGUUUGACAGCAUGGCUCAUCAGGACAGGCAUGAAUUUCAUGAGUUGCUUUUGAACUACUCACGAUGUAGGAAGCAGCUGCUGCUGGCUGAAGCCGAGCUCCUUGCCCUAACGUCUGAUUGCCAAAAUGCUAAAAGUCGACUGUGGCACUUCAAGGAGGAACAGUUGUCUGUACAGGGUAUCUGCGCAGAUCAAGUGAAAGUUUCAGGCUAUCAUCGCUACCAGAGAGUGGAGAUGAAUGAAAACGCCCUGGGAGAGCUAAAAAAGCUGUUUGAUGCCAAAUCUGAGCAUCUCCACCAGACCCUGGCUCUGCAUUCUUAUACUUCUGUGCUCUCACGGUUGCAAGUGGAGUCUUACAUCUAUACGUUACUCAGUAGUUCAGCUCUUCUGAGAUCUAUAGCAAUUCAUCAGGAAGGCCGAGCUUCUAAACAGAUAGACAGCAUUCCCUCUGAUCUUUGUCAGCUAAAGGAGUGCAUUAGUGUCUUAUUCAUGUUCACCAGAAGAGUUAAUGAAGAUACUCAGUUCCAUGACGAUAUUCUCCUAUGGCUUCAGAAAUUGGUAUCAGUGUUACAAAGAGUUGGCUGUCCUGGAGAUCACCUCUUCCUUCUAAACCAUAUUCUUCGAUGCCCGGCUGGUGUUAGUAAAUGGGCUGUUCCUUUCAUCCAGAUCCGAGUGUUGAAUAACCCCUCAGGGGUCUUUCAUUUUAUGCAGUCCCUUGCCCUGCUAAUGUCUCCUGUCAAAAACCGAGCAGAAUUUCUGUGCCACAUGAAGCCCAGUGAGCGGAAGCCAUCCUCCUCAGGGCCUGCGUCAGGGACGUGGACACUAGUAGACGAGGGAGGAGAAGAGGACGAAGACCCCGAGACCAGUUGGAUUCUCCUUAAUGAAGAUGACUUGGUUAUUCUUUUAUCACAGUUUCCAUUUCAUGACCUCUUUCAGCAUCUUCUUGGGUUCAAAGCAAAAGGUGAUUAUUUACCUGAAACAACAAGACCUCAAGAUAUGAUGAAAAUUUUUGCCUUUGCUGACUCCUUAGUGGAACUUUUGGCUGUGGGGUUAGAAACUUUUAAUAGAGCACGCUAUAGGCAGUUUGUCAAGCGAAUUGGUUAUAUGAUCAGGAUGACCCUUGGUUAUGUGAGUGACCAUUGGGCACAGUAUGUGAGCCACAACCAAGGCUCAGGAUUGGCCUUGCAGCCCUACUCCAUGGAGAAACUACAGGUGGAGUUUGAUGAGCUGUUUUUGAGAGCUGUCCUACAUGUGCUGAAAGCCAAAAGACUUGGCAUUUGGCUGUUUAUGUCAGAAAUGCCGUACGGGACCUUGUCUGUCCAGAUGCUCUGGAAGCUUUUCUACCUCAUGCACCAGGUGGAGAGUGGGAAUCUGGAAAAGCUCUGCACUGCCCUCCCGCCUGCUGAGUGCAAGAAGCACCUCCAAGACCCAGAACAUUUUGUGAACUUUGAGAAGUGUCUUUCUUCCAUGAAUAGCUCAGAAGAGAUUUGCCUUCUAACUACUUUUGCUCAGAUGGCUCAGGCCAGAAGAACCAAUGUGGAUGAAGACUUCAUAAAAAUUAUUGUUCUAGAGAUAUAUGAGGUAUCUUAUGUCACUCUGUCCACAAGAGAAACUUUUUCAAAAGUUGGCCGAGAGCUUUUAGGGGCCAUCACAGCUAUUCACCCAGAGAUAAUUUCUGUUCUUCUGGAUAGAGUUCAAGACACCAUUGACCAGGUUGGAAUGGUCUCUUUAUACUUGUUUAAAGAACUGCCUUUAUAUCUUUGGCGACCUUCUGCCUCUGAGAUAGCUGUGAUUCGGGAUUGGUUAUUGAAUUAUAACCUGACGACGGUGAAGAAUAAAUUGGCCUGUGUUAUUCUAGAAGGACUGAAUUGGGGAUUUGAUGAACAGACGACUCUUCAUCUGGAUCAAGCAGUCCAUGCUGAAGUAGCUUUAAUGAUUCUUGAAGCAUACCAGAGGUACCUUGCACAGAAGCCAUAUGCUGGGCUUCUUUCUGAAAGUAUGAAGCAGGUUUCAUAUUUGGCCAGUAUUGUUCGAUAUGGAGAGACACCUGAGACCUCAUUUAACCAAUGGGCCUGGAACUUGAUCUUGAGAUUAAAACUGCACAAAAAUGAUUAUGGAUUACAACAGAACUGUGCAACUGUUCCCUUCUCCCGCACUGUGCCUGAAAUGACUGAGUCACCCACGUUUCAUCCUCUCUUGAAGGCUGUUAAGGCGGGCAUGCCCAUUGGCUGUUAUCUGGCCUUAGCUAUGACGGCUGUGGGCCACAGCAUUGAGAAGUUCUGUGCAGAAGGCAUCCCACUCUUGGGAAUUUUGGUCCAGUCGAGGCAUUUGAGAACAGUGGUCCAUGUCCUGGAUAAGAUUCUGCCUUUGUUCUACCCUUGCCAGUAUUACCUUCUAAAGAAUGAGCAGUUUCUAUCCCACCUCCUCCUGUUCCUACACUUGGACAGCGGUGUCCCUCAGGGUGUCACGCAGCAGGUCACCCACAAGGUGGCACAACACCUGACAGGAGCCAGCCAUGGGGACAACGUGAAGCUUCUCAACAGCAUGAUCCAGGCUCACAUUUCUGUAAGCACUCAGCCCAAUGAAGUGGGCCCCGUUGCCGUAUUGGAGUUCUGGGUUCAGGCUCUUAUAAGCCAGCAUCUCUGGUACCGAGAACAACCCAUCCUCUUCCUCAUGGACCAUUUGUGUAAAACAGCUUUUCAGCUGAUGCAGGAAGACUGUGUGCAGAAAUUGCUCUAUCAGCAACAUAAGAAUGCUUUGGGGUACCACUGUGACCGGAGUCUGCUAUCCUCUUUGAUGAGCUGGAUCGUGGCAGGCAACAUCACACCUUCCUUUGUGGAGGGCUUGGCCCUGCCUACUCAGGUCUGGUUUGCGUGGACAGUCCUAAACAUGGAAUCCAUCUUUGAAGAAGACUCCCAGCUUCGAAGAGUUGUUGAAGGAGAACUGGUUAUAAACUCUGCAUUGACCCCCGACCAAGCUCUGAAGAAAGCCCAGGCGCAGCUAAAGCUCCCCAUCGUUCCGUCCCUCCAGAGGCUGCUGAUUUAUCGUUGGGCCCACCAGGCUCUCGUCACACCUUCUGACCAUCCUCUCCUGCCACUCAUUUGGCAGAAGUUCUUCCUCCUGUAUCUUCACCGCCCAGGACCACAAUAUGGGUUACCCAUAGAUGGUUGUAUUGGAAGAAGGUUUUUCCAAAGUCCUGCUCAUAUCAGUUUGUUGAAAGACAUGAAGAAGCGCCUGACCGAGGUGGCUGACUUCCACCACGCUGCAAGCAAGGCCCUCCGCGUCCCAGCAGAGGGCAGUGAAGGGCCGCCAGUGAGCCAGGCUGGCACCCCUGCUUACCUGACCUCCCCAGAGCUGCACACAGAGCUUGUGAGGCUCUUCAAUGUAUAUAUAUUAUGGCUAGAAGAUGAGAAUUUUCAAAAAGGAGAUACCUAUAUCCCUUCUCUGCCGAAGCAUUAUGAUACUCACAGGCUAGCAAAAGUGAUGCAGAAUCAGCAGGAUCUGUGGAUGGAAUAUUUGAACAUGGAACGUAUACAUUACGAGUUUCAUGAAACCAUUGGUCUGUGGACGCAGACCAAGCUUGAGUCCCAUUCCACACCCUGCAGUUCGUCAGUGCAGUUGGAUUUCACUGAUCCUUUGCUGGCUAAAGAAAGGGUUUUAAGUAACCUGCGGAAGCAUGAAGACCCCCAGCCUCCCCUUGUUCUGCACCCAUUGAGGCCUCCUGUGCCAGUUAUUUCCUCAGCCGUGCUCCUGAGUCAGAAGGACACCACCCAGCUGGUGUGCACAGACUUGAACCUGCUACAGCAGCAGGCCAGAACUGCAGCUCUUCGGGAAUCUCAGCAGGUUGCCCUGGAUAGUGAGCUAUUGGACACGAUGCCCAAACAGUAUGUUAAUCGAGAGGAGCAGACCACUCUGAACUUGGAGUGUAGAGGCAAUAGUGGUAAGAAGUGCCAAGGAGCAGCAGUUGUAACAGUGCAGUUUGAAGGUAUGCAUAAGAAUGAAGCAGUAAGCCAACAGCUUCAUGUUUUGCGAAAAGAAGUAAAGCAGUUGCAAGCAGAAGCUGCUAAACCACCAUCACUUAAUAUCGUGGAAGCUGCCGUGCAUGCAGAAAACUUGAUUACGGCCUUAGUGAAUGCUUACCAGUCCCAGCCCACCCCCGGGGUUCAGAAGGUGGGCAUCAGCCUCUUCUUUACUGUUGUGGAUUAUGUCAGUGAUGAGACACAGCGCCAUCCUCCCACAAGGCAGUUUUUUACCUCCUGCAUUGAGAUCUUGGGACAGGUGUUUAUCAGUGGCACUAAAUCAGAAUGCAGAAAAGUCCUUCAGACCAUCCUGAAGAAUAGGAGGCUCUGCUCUCUCUUGUCUCCUUUCUUCACGCCCAAUGCCGCACCUGCAGAGUUCAUAGAGCUCUAUGAGAAAGUGGUAAAGUUUCUGAGUGAGGACAACAGUGAUAUGAUUUUCAUGCUGCUAACCAAGGUGAGAGUUCGAUCUUAACAAUGGUUAAACGCCACUAAACCUCCUCUGUCUGAUCGUACCAGGCUUCUGGAGUCCAUUCAUUUGGCACUUACUGCCUGGGGCCUUGAACCAGAUGAAGAUAUUCUGAUGCCAUUUAAUCUUUUCUGUAAGCACUGGACUUAUCUUCUUCUCUACCAGUUCCCUGACCAGUACAGUGACAUUCUCAGGCUGCUGAUGCAAAGCUCUGCUGAGCAGCUGCUGAGCCCUGAGUGUUGGAAAGCCACCCUGAGAGCCCUGGGCUGCUGUGCCCCAAACUGCCAGCAGGGGGCAGCUUCUGCUGAGAGCACGGUUCUUCAAAGCUCUCCAGAUGUUCUCUUGUCAGACAAGCAGGUGAUGGAGACUAUUCAGUGGCUCUCAAACUUUUUUUAUAAGCUUCGGUUAUCCACAUUGGACUUUAAAAGUUUUGGUUUAUUCUCAAAAUGGAGUCCUUACAUGGCUGAUAUGAAGACACUCUUGGGCUAUCUUGUAAAAAGGCUGCUUGACUCAGAAAUGGCCAGCUUGGCCCAAAACCCAUCUGCCAGUAACAAAACAGUGCUAAGAACCUUGCAUUCAGUAAUUGUCCAGCUCUUUAAGCCAUGGAUCCUUGUUUUAGAGGACAAUGAAAGCAGCCAACGACAUUACCCCUGGCUGGAAAGUGAUGCUGCAGGGGCCUCAAGUGUUGUCCAAUUGUUCACUGACUGCAUUGACUUAUUGCACCAGAGUUUUAAAGAUAAGCUCUUGCCAGGUGAUGAAGGGGCCCUUCGGUUACACCUGAUGCAUUACUGUGAAGCAUGUACAGCACCCAAAAUGCCCGAGUUCAUUCUGUACGCUUUUCACAGCGCCUACCGGAAACUCCCGUGGAAGGAUCUGCAUCCUGACCAGAUGCUAAUGGAGGCCUUCUUCAAGGUGGAACGAGGAAGCCCCAAGAGCUGCUUCUUAUUUUUGGGGUCCGUCCUCUGUGAAGUCAACUGGGUCAGUGUGCUCUCUGAUGCCUGGAGUCCCAGUCCGCACCCAGAGACCCGGAGCAUGAUCGUCUGCCUCCUUUUCAUGAUGAUUUUAUUGGCAAAGGAAGAUCAACUGGUAGACCAAACAGAUUCACCUCUACUCACUCUCCUCGGACAGACAAGCUCACUCUCAUGGCAUCUUGUGGAUAUCGUGUCCUAUCAGAGUGUGCUAGGUUACUUCAGCAGCCAUUACCAGCCAUCCAUCAUCCUGGCAAAGGAAUCUUCUGCUGAAUUAAUCGUGAAGCUCUUGAAAGUAUCUGCAGGCCUUUCCAUUCCUACUGACAACCAGAAACAUCUUGAUGCAGUUCCAAAAUGCCGAGCCUUCACUCAUCAGAUGGUUCAAUUCCUCAGCUCCCUGGAACAAAAUGGAAAGAUCACCUUAGCAGUGCUAGAGCAGGAAAUGUCUAAGCUCCUGGACGAUAUCAUUGUUUUUAACCCACCUGAUCUGGACAGCCAGACCCGCCACAUGGCCCUCAGCAGCCUCUUUAUGGAGGUCCUGAUGAUGAUGAACAACGCCACCAUCCCAACAGCAGAGUUCCUCCGGGGCAGUAUCCGGACCUGGAUCGGGCAGAAAGUGCACGGGCUGGUGGUGCUGCCCCUGUUGACAGCAGCCUGCCAGAGCCUGGCUUCUGUCCGCCACAUGGCCGAGACGACGGAAGCCUGCAUCACUGCCUACUUCAAAGAGGGCUCCCUCAAUCAGAAUUUAGGAUGGGGCCCUAUUCUGGUGUCCCUUCAAGUUCCUGAGCUCACCAUCGAAGAGUUUCUACAGGAGUGCCUGUCGCUUGGCAGCUACUUGACCCUCUAUGUCUACUUGCUUCAGUGUCUAAAUAGUGAGCAGACGCUGAGGAAUGAGAUGAAAGUGCUACUCAUCUUGAGCAAGUGGUUGGAACAGGUGUAUCCAAGCUCUAUGCAGGAGGAAGCAAAGCUGUUUUUGUGGUGGCACCAAGUCCUGCAGCUGUCCCUGGUUCAGACAGAGCAGAAUGACUCGAUCUUGACAGAGUCUGUCAUUCGAAUUCUGCUCAUGCUCCAGGGCCGACAGAGCCUGCUUGCCGAGGAGAGGCUCAGCUCAGGGAUUCUCGGGGCAAUCGGGCUGGGCCGGAAGUCGCCCUUGUCCAACAGGUUCCGAGUGGUUGCCCGAGGCAUGGCUGCCUUCCUUUCAGUUCAGGUUCCUACUGAGGAUCAGAUCCGUCUGAAGCCUGGCUCUGAAUUACAUCUGACCCUCAGAGCUCAGCAGGCCCUGAGUGCUCUUGAAUCCUUGACAUCAAGUAAGCAGUACAUGGAAUACCAAGAUCAGAUAUCACAAGCCACAAAAUUUAUAAAGCACCCUGGCCACUGCCUCCAAGAUGGGAAAAGCUUCCUGGCUCUUCUUGUGAACUGCCUCUAUCCAGAAGUGCAUUAUUUGGACAACAUACGAUAGUAAUGGAUAGUCCCACCAAGGCUCUUGAGUACCCUGUUGCUGUUUACGUUUACAUUUACCUUUGCUGUUGCACAGAUUAACUUUGCUCAGUUUUCACCGCAGUUUGGCCAAUGAGUUAGCUGACCUAGAUGCAAGUUGGUGGGCACUAGAGAAUCCUGUUGUGCAUGUGCACAUGUGUAUGUGUUGUUUCCUUAGCUCUUAAAACGUUCCAGGGACUUUGUAGUUUUUAUAUUCAUCCAACAGGAGAACUUACUAAAUUUUACUUGGGUAGAGAGCCAUUCAUAAGAUCCCAGUCGUCCUGUGAGACCCCAGGAUGGGGUUCUUUCCUGUGUCUCCAUUUCUGUCUUCUCCCAUUUGAUUUAAAGCUCGAGGCUCCCGUGCCAGAUCUAACUACUUUGGGAAUCAUGUCUAACCCUCACUUUUACACCCCAGUUGUGUUUCCUCAGGGUGAAAAAAGCUGUGAAAAUUUCUACAUUUCUCAAAUGUGGGGAAAUACACCAGUUUGAAAGUAUGAUAUUAUUUCUCUCAGGAGGGAGAUAAGAAUGCUAUAUUGAAGGGAGUCCUUGUCUAAAAUGUGACCACUUGAUCCUGAUUAUAGUGGGCAGCAGAGAUGGUGACAGGUCCGUUUCCAUCCAGCCAUGGAAGCGCCAUCCUUAUGCAGAAGAGCCAUCCAUUGACAUGGGGUUGGGGGCGGGGGCACAUGCUGGCAGUCUGUGGAGAGCAUGUCAUGCACAGAUGAGUUUUGUUUGGUCCCAUGGGUUGGAGUGUAGCCAGGGCAUAUCCUCUCCAGUUCACUGUAGACACAACAUCCUUUGGUCCUUCCCCAGCCUGCUCCUUCAUUCACGUCACUUACCUGGCUCCUGGAGAAAUCCACAUUUGCACUCUUUCCAGACACUAAGUUUGAUAUCUGCAGGUCCCGCUGUGGACAGACACUGAGAAUCGAUUCUGUCUUUGUUGCCUGUUUCUUCACUCCCUGUUUAAGCUCAAAUGCAGCUAGCAAACCUGCUGAAACACUGGUCCUUGGGAACUGGGUCAGGUCCGGAGACUUCACUGAAAUUUGGCUUUUUGUUACUGCCAUGUGCCUUCUGUUACCAGCUCAUUCAUUACCAAAGCCGUCUGCAGUGUUGCCUUGUUUUGCUGCCAUCUGCUUUUUUUUUUUUUUUUUUUUUUUUUUGGCUGCCCUGUGGCAUAUGGACUUCCCAGGCCAAGGAUCAGAUCCGAGCCACAGCUGCGGAAACACCGAAUCCUUAACCCCACUCUACCGAGCCAGGGAUGAAACCUGCAUCCUAGUGCUCCAGAGACGCUGCCAAUGCUGUUUCGCCACAGCGGGAAUGCCUUUCUGCCAUCUUCUUACUCUUGUCAUCCCCCCUCCCCCAGGAAUUAGCACUUUGACUUCCACCAUCAUAUUCAUAAUUCUGUCGGCUCAAAAUUGAUUUUGUUUGUCCAGCUGGCAUAAUGUGUCUUUGGUUUAUGAGUUACUUAUAACCAAGGAUAUUUACCUAAAAAUGUCUUAGUCACUUAGAGGGGGGGCCGGGGUAUAGAUUAACUGAAUGGUAAUCUCUUCCCAGAUAUCAUUUUGGAGCGCUUAUCUGACCCCGGGACGUGUGUAGGAACUGUUCUUUACUCUGACCCUCUUUAGUGGGACACAGCAGUUCUGCCCCACGGACCUGCUCUGGUGAAGAUCCUCCUGGGUAGCCUCUGAGGGGCACAUCUCAGAGCUUUCCUUGGAGCUUCUCUCCAUUUUCAAAAUCAGUCAUCUUCCCCAUGCUGUAUAUAAGGACAUUUUAGAAGCUAUGAACAAUUCCAUGGCUGACUUGGCAACAAAGAUUUUAUGACAGGAGGAGUUCCCAUUGUGGCGCAGCGGAAACGAAUCUGACUAGGAACCACGAGGUUUCGGGUUCGAUCCCUCGCCUCGUUCAGUGGGUUAAGGAUCCGGUGGUGCCAUGAGCUGUGGUGUAGGUUGCAGAUGCGGCUUGGAUCCUGCAUUGAGUGGCCAGCAGCUAUAGCUCUGAUUCAACCCCAAGCCUGGGAACCUCCAUAUGCCGUGCAGGUACAGCCCUACAAAGCAAAAAAGAUUUUAUGGCAGGAAAUAUUUUGUGUGCCGUUUUCUUUGAGGAGGAUAUAAUUAUUGAUAUCCUGGAAUGUGAAAAAUUUGAGUGGUAGUACAUACAUUUAAAGAAAGUUAUGUUUAAUCUCUUAAUUUUUGAAGGUUUAUAGUAUUUAUAAUGUAUUUACUCUGUAAAAAUUAUAAAAAUAAAUCAGUCUUUGGUUGUAGUGGGUAAGCAUCUGAUUUUUAGGGAUAUCACACUAUCUUGUAAGGUAUUCCAGUUGUUAAAGUUGUUGUAGAUUUGUAUGCCUGAUGUCAUGUGUUUUCUUUGAUACUGUUAGCUUGGUCAUCAGAGAUGGUUAGUAAAAGUGCUUCCUCUUUAUGCUUAAUAGUGGAAGCUUUGCUCACAGCAUAGGUUCCUCUGAGAGGUUCUGGGCUAAGAAAUUGCUUUAAAGUCACAGAUAUUUCUGUAGUCUCCUGGGAAAGAACAGACCAGUGUGCCCACUGGCUUUCAGGGAUAAUGAGCCUUACUGGAAAAAUAGUCACCUCCAGAGAGCACAGGGCCAGUUUGAGACAAUUACUGGUGAUGCACGUAGGUAGACACCUGGAUCAGUAAGACCAAGUCUGCUCAAGCAUUGAAGCUGACUAGUGUAGAUGGUUCCACAUGUGGCCAGCAGCGGGUCCUGGUUCAGAAAGGAAUACUUGAUAAAAAGCACUUCUCUGCUUCUCCACUCUUUUUUUUUUUUUUUUUUUUUCUUUUUAGGGCUGCACCUGCAGCAGGUUCCCAGGCUAGGGGUCAAAUCGGAUUUGCAGCUGCCAGCCUAUACCACAGCCACAGCAACACCAGAUCUGAGCUGCAUUUUUGACCUACACUACAGCUCAUGGCAACGGCAGAUCCUUAACCCACUGAGCAAGGCCAGGGAUUGAACCCAUGUCCUCAUGGAUACCAGUCAGGUUUGUUACCACCGAGCCGCAGGGGGAACCUCUCCACUUACGUUUUCGAGGUUCACACAGGAUGGGUCAGAGAGGCACACUGGACCACCUGAUCUCCUGCCUGAUCUCUCUUCUCAACUGGAGGCAGGAUGCAGAGGGAGGGGGUCCUGCUGACAUGUUUGCUCAGCCUGGCAGGAGUCAGAACCCACCCUACAUGUUGUCGAAGCUCCUGGGCAGAACCUGGCUGUUUCAUCAUCAGUUUGUUGGCCUCCGGGGGUUGCUUGAGUCGCUCAGUUCUUUGAGGUGGAGGAAGCUGAGUCAAGACAAUGAAAACUCCCAGAGAAGCUCAGCCUCGCUUUAAUGAAGUGCCAGCCCCUUCUUCCACUCAGUGUGUCCACUAUACUAGAGUGUCCACACCCUUUCUUCCUUUGGAGUGAAGGUGAUGCAGUUUCCUAUUAGAUUUUUAACCUUAAUAAUUUCUUCUGGAGCAGAAAGUAGUUGCCAUAGCAUCAUGACUUUGAAGGGAGCAGGGGCAUUAAAGCUCAUCUGAUGGGCAGGGAUCCCAGCCCUGAUCCUCCAGCCUCUCCUCUGCCCUUUCCUGUGCCCAGUGGCCCUGCCCUCAUGGACCAGCCAGGCAGCCUUGGUAGUUCUGCUCUAUAUUGAGCUGAAUCUGGCCUCUGGUAACACGGGUCAUGGCUCUGGUGGAGCUGCUCCCCUGCCCCUCAGGACAGCCCUCAGAACUAUAGACGUUUCUUACCUCAUCACACAUCUGACUCUGCCCGUCAGAGUCCUCUUCAGGCUAAAUUCAACCUUUAGUUAGUCCUCUUCCUGUACGAUGUCUAACAGGGCUGCCCUAAAUUAGCCCAUGUUAUUAGAAAAGGGCCAGUGCCCAGGAGUAGCAGGGCCAGGCCGUGGGUGACACAGACAAGGCACCUAGGGCGCACGUGGAAGGUGGAGCUGGCCUGCAGGCGCUAGCAGAGUUCACCUCCUUACAUCUCAUGCCCUGGGCCUGGUCUCUGCCUUGGGGAUUAGUCACACGAGUGUGCGUCAAGCAGCAAACUUCGCUCCCCUGGACACGUGGCAGCCUCUCUUCUCAGCAGCUGUGCCUGAGCUGAGUCUGGUUGUCACAGGCAGUGGUGAGUCAAGCUCCAGACGUUGGUCUGCCAUCACUUGGUGCCUGAGCGUGGUCUCAUCCCCUGCCUACGUGGUAGGUCCAAAAAUAAGGCACUUUGUACCUAUCCUUCAAAACCCUCUGCUCUGCAUUUUGGACCAACUGUAUAGCUUAUUUUAAGCUAGUAGCUGAAACAAUUUUCACUCAGUUAACUUUGUCUUAUUAAGCAAAGUAGAGAGUUAAUACGUUGAAAAUAAGCAUGUUGCUUCAAGAAAAAAAGCCCCCUCCCAUGAUCUUCCAUUUGCAUCUGGGUUGUGCUGGAUAAGUUCUUGGCCUCCAGCCAGGUGCUAAGACUGACCUUGUCCUGGUCCGCGGUGACCUUCUCAGAUUAUAGAGGCAUUACGUGUUUUAUAGAAGCUAUGGUUGAAAUUGCCUUCAGUCUAGAUAGGUUCCCGAUUUCUGAUGACUAUAACUUGAAAAAAAAAAAUUAAACUACUGACCCUAUUUUGGGUAAAGAAACCAGUAAGGAAUGUUGUUCAUUGUAACUCUUAUUUCUUAAUGUACAGAUGUAAUAUCUCCUGAGCACUGAGGGUUAGGAUUUAUUUUCCUUUCAAUGGCUUAAAUCACUCAAGUGGCAGCAAAUACUUCUUAAAUGUGUUCAACUCUUUUUUUUCCCUCUCACAUGCCUAGUGUGGCCUUUAAAGACCACAACUUAUUUUGGUCAUUAAAUGUGCAAUAUUCACUUCUUAUUCAUUGUUGGUAUUUUACAUGCUUGUGCAAAGGAGUUUUUAUGUAUUGAUGAGACACAGGAAGAAGUGAGUAAAAUUAAGUAAAAUUCUGCAAAUAAACCAGAUUAAAUUUAA